AUGAUCCUAAAAUACUUAUGUGCUAACAGCGAGAUAAGGCUGUCUCUUCGGGACGACCCUAAAACUAUACGAUUUAAUAAAAAUUAUAUUUUUUUUUAUGAAUCGUUACGCGGGAUCUUUAAUUAUAUUAUGUAUUAUAUUAUGUUCAUUUUUAUUUUUGCAGCAUGCCAUGAACUAUGUAAAGACAACCGUUCUAAGUAUUUGACCGUAAUCUACUGGAUAGCAGCAACCUAUAUUUUGGCCGAUGUAUAUUCCGCUCAACUGACAAGCCAGUUUGCACGACCAGCGCUAGAACCACCCAUCAAUACGCUUCAGCGGCUGCAAGCAGUCAUGAUGCGAGACGGAUACCGGCUUUAUGUGGAGAAAGAAAGUAAUUCUUUGGAGAUGCUUGAGAAUGGGACGGAACUCUUUAGGAAGCUUUAUACCCUAAUGCGGCAGCAAAAUCCCGAUACCCAGCAGGGAUUCUUUAUUGACUCUGUAGAAUCCGGCAUUCAACUAAUUGCUCAAAGCAGAGAGGACAAAGCAGUGCUCGGAGGGCGUGAAGCACUUCUCUUUAACAUUCAGCAAUAUGGAGCAAAUAAUUUUCAGAUAAGUCAGAAACUCUACACUAGGUACUCUGCAGUUGCUGUACAGAUCGGAUGCCCAUUUCUUGAAAGCUUGAACAAUGUGUAAGCAUAGGCUAAGCAUUUUAGAAAGUUUAUUUUUUCCGUUUUUCAUAAAGUAAAUGCUUGUAUAUGCAUUUAAUGUGUAUAUAUUCUUGAUUAGGAGCUGUAAAGUUAUGUCCCCUUGUACUCGAACUAGCAUGGGGUCGUUGUAA